CAUCUUUGACACCCUUACUCAUUUACCAUAUUUUUCGCUCCAUAAGACGCACCUGACCAUAAGACGCGCCUAGGUUUUAGAGGAGAAAAACAAGAAAAAAAAUAUUCUGAACCAAUGGACUUCAGACACAGUACAGGGGAUGACCAGAGACUGCGGACACAGUACAGGAGAUGACCAGAGACUGCAGACACAGUACAGGAGAUGGACCAGAGACUGCGGACAUACUACAGGAGAUGACCAGAGACUGCGGACAUAGUACAGGAGAUGGACCAGAGACUGUGGACACAGUACAG